AUGGAGCCUUCCCCAUUUAAUAGAAGACAAUGGACUUCACAGUCUUUGAGAAUCACUGCGAAAGAGCUUUCGCUAGUCAACAAGAACAAGUCAUCAGCUCUUGCGGAGAGGUUCUCCAAGUAUCAGAAAGCAGCUGAAGAAGCCACUGCUGAGAAAAAAAGAAGUAACACAGAAAAUCUUCCCCCUCAUUUUAAAAGGGGGAAUCUGAGCGUACUAAAGAAGAAGUGGGAGAAUCCAGUGCUGGGAACGGAGUCUCAGAAGGAAACGCUACCAAGCAGCUGUGCUGAGGUUAGGCACCAGGUCGCCAGCCCGGGGCUCGGAGUCGGGAGCAGCCCUGCUUCUUCCCCGGACGUGGAGCAAACCCUGGGGGCUGGUGCUACAUCUGACGCCCAGGCCCCUUCCAGCACCCCUGGCCAGCUGCAGUGUCCUGGUGGUGACAGCAGAAAGUUUCAAAGCCACUCACCGGAGAGCGGUAAAAUGGAAAACUGUCUGAGAGAGUCCAGAGAAGUGGAAAAGCCUGAAGCCAGUGAAAACACAGACUCUCCGGGGAAGAUUGAGAAAUACAGCGUUCCGCUGAACAAACUCAAGAUGAUGUUUGAGAAGGGUGAAGCGACUCAGACCAAGGUCGCGAGAGACCAGAGGAAGACAGCAGUCGGUAGGAGGAUUUCUGAAAACAGCCUCUCUUCGGAGGACUUUGAUAUUGGCCAAGGAGAGAAGAGCCAUAGUACAUCAGAUAGGGCAGAGACCAAAAAAAUCCUGGAGAUGCCUCGCUUGACGGAAACUUCAAUAAAGGAUAGGCUGGCAAAGUAUCAGGCAGCUGUGUCCAAGCAGGGCAGUUCCACAGGCCUCGUUACCACGAAUGAGAUUCAAGCCAGUGAAAGUGAACUCAAGAAUUACAAAUCUGAGCAGAAGGAGAAUAUGCCACCAAGUCUUGAGGACUCCAUUUCCUAUCAGGAUGGGGAGAAGGUUUCUGUAGGUGAGAACAGCUUGUCUUUCCACUCUGGUCUUCUAGAGGACGUUGGACAAAACUCGGAGAGCAAGACAGAAGUUCAGAAAGCUGUCAGCACAAAGCAGCAAAACUUUGGUUCUAAAUCAGCUGGCCAGACAGAUGCAUCUCUGCCAAAAGCAGUGAAGAAAUUUCAGUUGCCAAUGAAGGAAACCUGUGUUGGGUGUCAGAAGACUGUGUACCCGAUGGAAAGGCUCUUUGCCAACCAGCAGGUGUUUCACAUCAGCUGUUUCCGCUGUUCCUAUUGCAACAGUAAACUCAGUCUUGGGACAUACGCAUCUCUGCGUGGGACUAUUUACUGCAAGCCUCACUUCAAUCAGCUCUUCAAAUCUAAAGGCAAUUAUGAUGAAGGUUUUGGACACAAACAGCAUAAGGAAUUAUGGGCAGGCAAAACUGAAUGUGAAGAAUCCCUGGAGAAAACUGUCCCUGGUGUAAAUGCAACAGAAAGUCCACAAAGCCCAGGAGUGGAGGAUGCCCCAAUUGCAAAAGUAGGAGUUCUGGCAGCAAGUAUGGAAGCUAAAGCUUCAGCUUUGCCUGAAAGAGAAGAGAGACCAGCAGAAACAAAAAAGCUCAGGAUUGCCUGGCCACCUCCAUCUGACCAAAGUGUUCAAGGAAGUGCCUUGGAUGAGGGCAUCAAAGUAUUCAAACCCAAAUGGCCCCCAGAAGAAGAGAUUUCCAAGUCAGAUGUGCUGGAGGAUGUGGAUCUGGAUCUCAAAAAGUUAAGAAGAUCUUCCUCACUGAAGGAAAGAAGUCGUCCCUUUACAGUAGCAGCCUCGUUUAGAACCAUGUCUGUUAAAGGCCAUAAAACAGAAAAUUCAUCUUCACCCCCUAAGGCAGAGAGAGACAUGCUGAAAAGAAGUGAGGAACCAGAGAGAGAGGUCAUGGUAGACAAAAAGCAAAAGGAAAAGAAGGUUGAGAACAGGAACAUCCAGAGUGCUGAAGAGAUAAAUGUAGAGGAAGAACGGGAAUUAUCUGGUAUCAAAACAGUAGAGCAUAACUUUGUAGAAAAUGGCCAGGUGAAUGCAGAGACAGAUGAGGAAGAACAUGCUAUGGAAGAGCAGGAAAUUCCAAAUGAAGAAUUCCUUGAACCAAAUUCUCCUAAGCAUUCCAGCUUAGCCAAUGUCGUGACUGCUAAGGAAUCCUCUCCCAACCAGAAUCGCAAAUCCCAAGAUGUUGGUUUCUGGGAGGGUGAAGAUAUGGAAGAUCUAUCUGUGGAAGAACAAAUCAAAAGGAAUCGUUACUAUGAAGAAGAUGAUGAAGAAUAA